AUGAACCACCAGGGGGCGCCGCUGAGCCAGAACCCUGCCAGUGUCAGGGGUUUGGAACCCAGCGAAACGACAGACGCACAGCAUGAGCGACGGCUCCCCGAGGGCCAGCACCCUCCUUCCCAUCGAAGGCGGCAUGACAACGCCAACAACGAGGGCGGCGGCUCGCGUUCCGGCCGCCCGCGUCACCACGGAAACCACAACGGCGAGAACAACCAUCACCACCACGCCCAGCAGUCGACGGGGGCACCACGUUACCGACGCUACGAGGCGGGAGAAGGGGCUAACCGUACCCGCGCUCCCCGAAGACCGGCGGAGGAAGGCAGUGAGGCCGAGCAGCACCUGCAGCAGCCGCAGCAACAGCCAAUCCCGCGGCCGGGCGUGACGCGUUACCGUCGUCAAGGCGACAGUGAGGCCAGGCUGCGCGCACAGCAACAGAGACAGAGACAGAGGCAGCAACAGCAACAGCAGAGAGAGGCGGAGCAGCAGCAACAGGAGCAGGUCCAGAGUCAGCAGCAGCAGCAGCAGCAGCAGCAGCAGAGGGAGCUGGAGGAAGCAGAGGAAGAUGAAGGAAACGACAGCGCGCUGGCCCGCUCUGCCAGCACGGAGAGCGGAUUCCACAACCACACCGACCGUGCCGAGGGCGACGCCGUGAUGGCUUUGGAUCCCGACCCGGAGGACGACAGCGCCUACGGCGUGCCGCUCCGUCCGGAGGCGGAAGAGUACACAGAGAGCGCGGAAUCGGAACAGCACGGCGGACCCGCCCAUCCGCACCACCCGCCCCAGCCCCCUCCGCUACCUCGCGAACCCCUGCCGAACGCUGACCGACCUACGAGCCACGAUCCCGAGGCACUCAACCCCACUUACGGCGGUUACGUUUACACGCAGCCCGUGUACCGCGGCCCCGGCGACGACGGGGUCUCCCACGAGCCUGACGACGAGUCCUACUCGGAAGCCUACGCCGACUACUCUGCCCAGGAGCACGUGUACGAAGAGAUCGGGGACGCUCCGUCCUCCCAGGCGGAGGGUCAGACGCCCCAGCAGAGACGAGCUGGCUUUAAGCUGUUCGAGUCGGACUCGUACCGCCAACAGGAGGCGGUAGGAUCGCGGCUGCACCAUUACGACGAACGCUCAGACGGCGAGUCAGACAGUCCUGAAAAGGAAGCUGAGUUCGCACCGUACCCGCGCGCCGACAGCUGCGAUCAGGAGGAGGAUAUUGACCAGAUCGUGGCGGAGGUGAAGGAAAGCCUUAGCUCCCAAAGCCUGGAGAGAGCAGCCAUGAGUCUGGGUACUGAGGAGGAAGAUGAGGAGAUGGAGGAAGAGGAGUGGCCAGAGGCAGAGCAUCACACCCAAGGGGAAGGAGAAGGGGUAGAAGAAGAAGAAGCCCAACCUCCCGAACCUGUUGCAGAAGAGGCCCAGCCACCGGAAGAGCUGGCUUCAGCAAGGAACAACAGGGAGAAGCGAGAUGCUAUUUCCCUGGCCAUCAAGGAUAUCAAGGAGGCCAUCGAGGAGGUGAAGACCAGGACAGUACGUUCACCCUACACUCCUGACGAACCCAAAGAGCCCAUCUGGGUGAUGAGGCAGGACCUGAGUCCCACCGCUGAGGCAGACCUACAGCCACCACUAGGGGGAGAUUCUCCAGGCUCAGGUUCCGCCUCACCCCAGGGGGCAGAGUCUUCCAGCCGCCACCUGCCGUUGCACGAGGGGAGCGACAGCUUUGACUCACCUUCUCCUGCGAGCAAAGAGUCUAGGAGAAGUCUGGCUUCAUUCCCAACGUAUGUGGAAGUUCCAGGCCCCUGUGACCCUGAAGACCUCAUCGACGGCAUCAUCUUCGCUGCUAAUUACCUUGGCUCCACUCAGCUCCUGUCUGACAAAACCCCGUCGAAAAACGUGAGAAUGAUGCAGGCGCAGGAGGCCGUCAGUCGCAUUAAGACGGCCCAGAAAUUAGCCAAAAACAGGAAGAAGGCUCCUGAGGGAGAGGCUCAGCCAAUGACAGAGGUCGAUCUCUUCAUCUCCACUCAGAGAAUCAAAGUGCUCAAUGCAGACUCACAGGAAACAAUGAUGGACCACCCUCUGAGGACCAUCUCCUACAUCGCCGAUAUCGGGAACAUCGUGGUGCUGAUGGCUCGGAGAAGAAUGCCCCGCUCCGACUCUCAGGAGAACAUGGAGGCCUCUGACCCCGCCCAGGACGAGAAGCGCCAGUACAAGAUGAUCUGUCACGUCUUUGAGUCUGAAGACGCUCAACUCAUCGCACAGUCCAUUGGUCAGGCCUUCAGUGUAGCAUACCAAGAGUUCUUGCGUGCCAAUGGAAUUAACCCUGAGGACUUGAGUCAGAAAGAAUACAGCGAUCUCCUCAACACACAGGACAUGUACAACGACGACCUCAUUCACUUCUCCAAGUCUGAGAACUGCAAAGACGUUUACAUAGAGAAACAGAAAGGAGAGAUUCUCGGGGUGGUCAUCGUGGAGUCCGGCUGGGGCUCCAUUUUGCCCACCGUCAUUAUAGCAAACAUGAUGCAUGCAGGGCCAGCGGAAAAAUCCGGAAGACUCAACAUUGGAGACCAGAUCAUGUCCAUCAAUGGGACCAGCCUGGUGGGACUUCCUCUCUCCACCUGCCAGAGCAUAAUCAAGGGGUUGAAAAACCAGUCGAGAAUUAAGCUCAACAUUGUCCGAUGCCCUCCAGUGACGACGGUCCUCAUUAGAAGACCAGACUUGAGAUACCAGCUGGGCUUUAGCGUACAGAACGGCAUUAUUUGCAGCCUUAUGAGGGGUGGAAUCGCUGAGCGAGGAGGCGUUCGUGUGGGCCACCGCAUCAUCGAGAUCAACGGGCAGAGUGUGGUGGCUACUCCACACGAGAAGAUUGUGCACAUUCUGUCCAAUGCAGUCGGAGAGAUCCACAUGAAGACUAUGCCUGCGGCCAUGUACCGACUGCUCACUGCCCAGGAGCAACCUGUUUACAUCUGA